CCUGGGUCCCCCAGGAUCCCCACCGGUCUUAGCGGCCCGUGCGCUCCCGUUAACGCGGGUUCAAGACCCAGCGUGUCCUGUCUGAGGCCGGCCCUGGACGGGUUUCCCUUUCCCGAAGUUGAGGGCGGCCUGAGGAAGGUGGGAUGGCUGCCAAGCCCCCAGCACCCGGGGCCUGUCGGGGCUCCGUGACCUUCCGGGAUGUGGCCGUGCACUUCUCCUGGGAGGAGUGGGGGCAGCUGGACCCGGCCCAGAAGGAGCUGUACCGGGAGGUGAUGCUGGAGAACUACCGGAACCUGGUGGGCCUGGGGCUUGCUGUCUCCAGUGCCCACGUGGUCUGCCAGCUGGAGCGAGGGGAAGGACCGUGGGUGCCCGAGGGAGACACCUCAGGAAGCAGCCCUGCGGUUUUGGAAACUAGACUUAGAACCAAGGAGUCAGCCUCACAUCUGAGACUUCUGACACAAGAAUCAUCUCAGGAAAGAUUAGAAAGGGAUAAUUGCUGUGACUUCAAUUGGGGAGAAGCUCGGAAAUAUGGUACUAGUUUCGAGAGGCAGAAGAACAAUGAGAAGAAUGCCCCUAAAUAUGAUAUACAUACAGAGGCCAAGUGUAAUGAAUAUGGGAAACCCUUUAAUUAUAUAUCAAAACUCAUAGAAUAUGAUAUGCCAGCUCAUACUAGAGAGAAAUGUUAUGAGUAUAAGGAAUAUGGGAAGGCCUUUUCCAGGAACUUACAGUUUAUUGAAAAUAAGAAAAUUCAUCCUGGAGAGAAGGUUUGUGAAUGUAAAUUAUGUGGGAAGGCCUUGUGCCACUGCUCAAAACUUGAUCAACAUCAGAUGCUUCAUACUAGAGAAAAGCUUGUAUGCAAUGGCUAUGAGAAAGGCUUCCACCAGAGAUCAGCACUUAUUCAGCAUCAAACUAUUCGUUCAGGAGAAAGAACUUUUGAAUACAGUGAAUCUGGGAAAAUCUUCGGUUCAGGAUUCAUAGGACAUCAACGAAUUCACACUGGAGAGAAGCCUUAUGAAUGUAUUGACUGUGGGAAGAGUUUCCAUCAUAGAACAGGACUUACUGAACAUCAGAGAAUUCAUAGUGGGGAGAGAGCUUAUGAAUGUUAUGAAUGUGGGAAAGCCUUCUGCCAGAAACCAGGACUUAUUCAGCAUCAGAGGAUUCAUACUGGAGAGAAACCUUAUGAGUGUAAGGAAUGUGGAAAGUCCUUCUGUAGGAAUUCACAGCUUACUGAACAUAAGAGAAUUCAUACUGGAGAGAAACCUUAUGAAUGCAGUGAAUGUGGAAAGGUCUUCCGACAGCGCUCAAAGCUUACUAGACAUCAGAUAAUUCAUACCAGAGAGAAAAUUUAUAUAUGUAGUGACUGUGGGAAAGCCUUCCACCAGAGUUCAGCACUUAUUCAGCAUCAAACAAUUCAUACUGGAGAAAAACCUUAUGAAUGUAAUGAAUGUGGGAAGGCCUUUAGCCUGAGCACACGAUUAUUUAUACAUCAGCGAAUUCAUACUGGAGAGAAACCUUAUGAAUGUAGGAACUGUGGGAAAGCCUUUCAUCACAGAACAGGACUUACUGAACAUCAGAGAAUUCAUACUGGAGAGAGAGCUUAUGAAUGUUAUGAAUGUGGGAAAGCCUUCUGCCAGAGAGCAGGACUUACUCAGCAUCAGAGAAUCCAUACCAGAGAGAAACCCUAUGAGUGUAAGGAAUGUGGGAAGACUUUUUGCCAGAGAAUAGGACUUACCCAACAUGUGAGAAUUCAUACUGGAGAAAAACCUUAUGAAUGUAACGAAUGUGGGAAAGCCUUCCGAGUGAGAACACAGCUUACUCAACAUCAGAUUAUUCAUACUGGAGAAAAACCUUAUGAAUGUAAUGAAUGUGGGAAGACUUUCUGCCAGAGCUCACAGCUUACUAGACAUCAGAUAAUUCAUACUGGAGAAAAACCAUAUGAAUGCAAUGAAUGUGGGAAGGCUUUUCGAAGAAGUGCUGGGCUUAGUCGACAUCAAACAAUUCAUACUGGAGAAAAGCCUUUUGAAUGUAAAGAAUGUGGGAAGGCCUUUAGGCUUAGCACAGCAUUGACAGAACAUCAGAGAAUUCACACUGGAGAAAAACCUUUUGAAUGUAAUGAAUGUGGAAAAGCCUUUCGUCUGAGCAUAGGACUUACUGAGCAUCAGAGAAAUCACACAGGAGAGAAACCGUAUGAAUGCCGUGAAUGUGGGAAGGCCUUCAGUCAGAGUACACAGCUUAAUCGACAUCAGAGAAUUCAUACUGGAGAGAAACCAUAUGAAUGUAAUGAAUGUGGGAAGGCUUUUGGCCAAAGAUCACAUCUUACUCAACAUCAGACAGUUCAUACUGGGGAGAAGCCUUUUGAAUGUAAUGAAUGUGGGAAAGCUUUUAGUCGAAGUACAGGGCUUACAGGACAUCUGAGAAUUCACACUGGAGAGAAACCUUAUGAGUGCAGUGAAUGUGGAAAGACCUUUCGCCUAAAGACAGGACUUGCUGAACAUCAGCGAAUUCACACUGGAGAGAAACCGUAUCAGUGUAACGAAUGUGGGAAUAACUUUCGCCUGAGCAAACAGCUUACUCAGCAUUACAGAAUUCAUACUGGAGAGACACCUCAUGAAGAUUUCUUCUGCAGAAUCCCAGGGGAAGCCAGCCAAGGGAAGGUGUUAUAAAGAAAGUCACACCUGAAGAGAAGUUGGGAACAGAGCACCGCCAUUCCAAAAGUGGGAGCCAGUGUGAAGGGAAUAACUAGUUUUCCUAAGUCAGUACUCUGCACACUGCACAGCUAAGAGCCAACACCAACAGGUGUUAAAGAGAGCAUUUGCCUGAGGAAUUUUUUAACUUUUAAAAACUUUAAUUUAGAAUCAUAAUGUUUUAAUCCCUUCUCCCUGCUAUUCUUGAGCCUAUAAUUUUUUCUUUUUUCUUUUUAAAAAUAAUUUUGUGCCAUUUCAGAUUUGUUUUGAUGGAUUGAUUUUGGAGUUUAAUAAACUUUUCUUUUUAUAAAGUAUAUGUGUCCUUUCUCAGUGAA